AUUUUUGUGGCGUCGGCUUUUAAAAUUACGAUUUGCGUAAGAAAAACAAUAUCCAAGGCGCGUAUUAACGGUGAAUGUUGGGCAAAAUGGACCGCAGAAAGAAGCGCACAUCCUCUGAACAGUACCAGAUGUACAUAGACAUGAUGGAGGCCGACUCCAUUUUCGCCACCGGACGGGUGCCGCGCGAUUAUGAUCUUAACUAUUUGACAAAAAAAUGGAAGGAGCUUUCCGACAGGCUAAACAAAUGCAGUUCGGGUCCCACACUGACGGCCGAGGAGUGGCGGAAGCGGCUGAACGAUUGGAAGAACACCACAAGGUGCAAGUACAGACGCAGCCUGAUGGCCACCGAGAAGGACAUUUCGAUGACGACGCUCGAGAACAGAGCCCUCGAUCUGUUUGGCAAGGUGCCCAGCACAACGGGCGAGACGCUGCUGAAUCUUAAGUCUGAGAAGGACGAUGGCGAUGAUGAGAUUGAGGAAAUUGGACAGCGCACAUCGGCCGCGUUUCAAAAGGAGCUCCAAGCUGCCGUCGAGGAGGCAAUCAACGAUGAAGUAGAUGACGUAGAUGAUAUGCUCGAAGAACACGUCGAACAGGAAGAUAUUAUCGAUGAUAAUCUGGCCGACAAUAGCGGCGCCAUGGAGAGUUCGAGUGCUGCCACAACUGCUGUAAAUACGGGGGGUGGUACUUACCGCACAAUCGUGGUUGACAACACGUCCUUUGAGCACGUGGAAGAUCCGCAUCCCGUUGAGUUUGUGACCGCCCGUCGUACGCCCGCUUCUAGCAAUUCCAGCGUCCAUGCAGUCAUUAAUUCCGGCCCCGUCGUGGAAACCAAGCUCAUCAAUGGCGAACUACCCGUGAAGCGAUUACGCACCCAGACCCGGCCUGAUCAGAUCAUCUACCAUGUCAAGAAUGCACCGAGAUGCAUCUCAAACAUACAGGACGUGCCGCCUCUGCUCAGUACAAAGGUGGAGAGAGAUACCACAACAUUGAGCGCCGCCCUUAGUAGCCAGGAUGGCCAGCAGAUAGCACACCAGCUGAAGCGUCUGGCCGACAUCAACUACGAGACGCUGCAGUUCGAGAUCGCGCGCUUCAAGUUCAACAAUCCGGGUUUCCAAUACAAUCCGCCGUCCUUAUAG